GAAACUAGUGACCUCACAAGAGCAGCAUUAAUUGUGUUGGUGAAAUAGGUACUUACAGUUGGGAGAGAUUUCUUUGUUUAAAAAAAAAUAUUUUUUACCUGAACAAAAAAAGGAAUAUGAAGAUUCCAGACAGGUCUAGGGAAGUGUUUUGGGCCCCUGUUGUGAAACAUCUUCGUGUGGUUCAUGGAAUAAAGCUGAAACACUACCAAAGGAAGAAAGAGAGGCCAGCUACAACUGAAACGAAGGUGUUUGGAGUGUCACUUGGGAGUCUGCGACAGUGCUACGCCCCAGAUUAUGGGCAGCUACCCUGCUUUCUGGUGGACGCCUGUGAACACUUACUGCAGCACGCAGGCACAGAGGGCUUGUUCAGGAAGUCCGGCUCGGUUGUUCGUCUAAAGAGACUUCGGGCCAGCCUGGACAAGGGAGAGGCCUGUUUAUCCACAGCCCUACCUUGUGACGUGGCCGGCCUGCUCAAGAUGUUUUGCCGGGAGCUCCGAGACCCCCUCGUUCCCUCAGACCUCCAGUUGGCGCUGCUGAAGGCCCAGCUGUUGCCCUCUGUGCAGGAGAGGACCUCUGCUGCCCUGCUGGUGUCCUGCCUACUGCCUGACAGAAACACUGCUUUUCUCAGAUACAUCUUCCACUUCUUAUCAAAGGUCUCCAGCAGGAGUGCAGAGAACCAGAUGACCAGCAGUAACCUGGCCGUGAUCUUCGCGCCAAGCCUACUUCCCUUCAGCCAGCGAGCAGAGGGAGUUGAGACAAGCCUGAAACUCAAAGCUGCCAAAGCUGUGGUCCACACCUUCAUAGAGAACGCCCCUUUAUUCGGAGUUGUUCCUGUGGUGAUCACCGAGCCCGUCCCAGGCUUUCCCCUGGUGUCGGUGGUGACCGAUCAGAGAUGUACCUCCUGUGAACAGGGUGAUGCUGAGUUACCUCCCUGCAGGAAGAGACAACCCCUCAGGAAGAGUCUGGGUUUGGAUGCCUUCCCAGAUAUUCCGCUUUUCAGGAGCAACACCUUUUGCUCAGGGCAGCCGUGCUCAAGUCCCUCAGCCAUGUUGACCAGAUCUCCUUCCAGCCCGCUAGGGAGCAAACGAAACAGAAAGUGUGGACAAACACUUAAAAGCCAGGAAGCUGAAGGGCAGCGAGGUUCUCGAUUCUCCAAGUCUGUUUGGUCUGGUGAAGCUGAAACUCACCCCCUGGAAGAACCGAAGACGAGCCACUCUGUAGGGUGUGGACGCAGCAUCUCUUCAAGGCUACCGACACCAGUAAUGGAUUUGGCGUCGAGACUGAGUAGAACAACACUGCUGAGUGUUCUCGUAUGUAUGGCGGGGCUGGCAUCUGCCCGGAGCCCCCGCACGGCAGACCAGGUAUCUGAGGCCGACAUUCAGCGCUUCCUCCACGGCGUCAUGGAGCAACUUGGCAUCGCUCGUCCCCGGGUCGAGUACCCGGCUCACCAGGCCACCAACAUCGUGGGGCCCCAGAACAUCCAAGGUGGAGCCCAUGAGGGGUUGCAGCACCUGGGUCCCUAUGGCAACAUCCCCAACAUAGUGGCCGAGCUGACAGGAGACAACAUCCCAAAAGACUUCAGCCAGGACCACGGGUACCCAGACCCCCCUAACCCAUGUCCACUGGGGAAAACCGCUGUAGACGGAUGUCUGGAAAAUGUCCCGGACACAGCAGAAUUCAGCAGAGAGUUCCAGAAGCAACAGCACCUGUUUGACCCAGAGCACGACUACACAGCUCUUGCUAAGUGGAACAAGGAGCUCUUGUACCAGAAACUGAAAGGUGGACCCAAAAGAAAAAAAAGGAGUGUCAGAAACCCUUACCUGAUGGGUCAGAGGCUGGACAAUGUUGUGGCCAAGAAGUCUGUACCACACUACUCCGAUGAGGAUUACACAACCACCUCCACUACCACCACAUCCACCGCCACCUGAGAAUACACUGCUGUUAUAACUGGCCCGUGACAUCCCCACCAAACAUCUCAAACUGAAUUAGAAAGAAAUCACAAAGGUUUUUGGGGAGCUGUUUCCUAAUGUUAGAUUUUAACCUUGACACAGGUUUGUUGAGCUGCUGAUUCCUACAAUCAGUGUUCAAUCCCCAGAGGUAGACUGAAAUGCACGAUCGUAAUGGUAUCUAUAUUUACAUACACCGUUAACUGUUUGCAAGUAAUCAGUGGCUGAUCUAUGAAAACAAGGACCGGAGCUUUUUGAUGGGAAAGGAUGGAAAAGCGUAACAAGCUUUGGUCCACUGUGUUUGAGUAAAACCUGUGUUUAAAGUUAAAUGUUUGUGUUACGUGUAUUUAAUAUGGUUGCUGGGGAUUUGCUUUUUUGUCUAGAAACUAACUUUUUUUUUUUGUCUUUUGUUGCUGAUCAUUUUAUGUUAAUUCUAAAAAAUAAAUGGUUUACUC